ACUCGAUGCUGCUGGCCCUUAAACCCCACAGCCCGCCCUCCAGGCACCCUCUGACAGCACCAAGAUGGCGCCGGGUGCCAUCGGGGCCGGACGCCUCCUCCUCCUCCUCGCCGGGCUGCUGGCGGCGUUGGGGCCGUCCCCCACGUCGGCCAUCCACGUCUACACCCCGCGGGAGGUGUACGGCACCGUGGGCUCCCACGUCACCCUGUCGUGCAGCUUCUGGUCCAGCGAAUGGAUCUCGGAGGACAUCUCCAUCACGUGGCACUUCCAGGCCGAGGGCAGCCGCGACAGCAUCUCCAUCUUCCACUACGCCAAAGGGCAGCCCUACAUCGACGACGUGGGCUCCUUCAAGGAGCGCAUGGAGUGGGUGGGCAACCCGCGGCGCAAGGACGGAUCCAUCGUCAUCCACAACCUGGACUACACCGACAACGGCACCUUCACCUGCGACGUCAAAAACCCUCCCGACAUCGUGGGGAAAUCCUCCCAGGUCACCCUUUAUGUCUUAGAGAAAGUCCCCACUCGUUACGGCAUCGUUCUGGGCUCCAUCAUCGGCGUCGCCCUCCUGCUGGUGGCCCUGCUGGUGGCCCUGGUUUACCUGCUGCGUUUCUGCUGGCUGCGCAGGCAGGCGGUGCUGCAGAGACGCCUGAGCGCCAUGGAGAAGGGGAAGCUGCAGAGAUCGGCCAAAGACGCUUCCAAGCGCAGCCGGCAGGCUCCCGUGCUUUACGCCAUGCUGGAUCACAGCCGCGGCACCAAAGCGAGCGCCGAGAAAAAACCCAAAGGAGCUGCGGGUGAAGCCCGAAAGGAUAAAAAAUAGCGGUUAGAGGGCAGGGAAGGUGCCCCAACCCCCCCUCCAGAUGGGGAGAGCGCCGCGGGACCCCCCAAAACCCCAAAGGUGGUGAUGACCAUCGAGAUGGAGCUGCGGGGGGAGACCCCGACCCGCUCCCCAUCGCGGGGCAGCUUGGCGGGCGCCCUGCGGAGCUUCCUGCACCCCAACCGUGUGGGGAGGUGACCCCCAACCCCCCCCCCAACCACCCCAAGACCCCCCCAGC